AAGGGAAGCGGCCCGGGGCUGGGCAGGGAGGAGACCGCGCCUAUAAAGACCCGUGGGAGCGCCGGGCCCAGCCCGCCGAGCUCUGCCCCUCGAUAAAUCCACCUUCUUCCUUCCCCCGCAUCAGACUUUCCACUGGCGCGGCGGGCCGGGCUGCUCGGGUUACACACGAGCCUGCGCGGGGCAGGAAGGGGGCUCCGCGAUGCCGCGUCGUUCCGCCCCCCGGGCUCGGAGCGGGCCCCGCUGAUCGGCCCGCAGGAGCGGGGCAGCCGCGCCCGGGCCGAGACUUUCCCCGCGGGAGCUGCCCGGCACCGGGGGAUGGUUGCGCGCGGAGCCAGCCGGGGCUCGCCCAGCGCCAUGCGCCGCGGGCGGCCCCUGGGCUCGGCCUGACCGCGGGCGCCGACGGGGAGUCUGGGCGCCUCGGACCCUGAAACCGCGCGGCGGGAUGGAGCUGCGGGCGCUGUGUGCGGCGCUGUACUGGCUGCUGCUGCCGCUCUCGCUCCUGGCCGCUUGUGUGUUCCGGUUCAAUGCCCUCUCGCUCGUGUACCUGCUCUACCUGCUGCUGCUGCCGUGGUUUCUGGGACCCACUGAACACACCAUCAAAGGGCACACAGGCCGUCUCCUCCAAGCUCUCCUGGGAACCAGCAUCCUCUUCCUCACUGCCCACUUGGCCUUCCAGAUAUGCCUGUACACUGUGCCGGAUCUGAGCCAGCUGCUGGGACAGAACUGCAGCACGUGGGAAACGCUCGCCCGUCACAUUGGGGUCACCAGGCUGGACCUAAACGACAUCCCCAACUCUGUGCGCCUGGUGGCUCCCGACCUGGGGAUCCUGCUGGUCUCUGCCGUCUGCCUGGGCCUGGGCCGCCGCCUCGUGCCCAAGGACAGCGCAGCAGCACGUGUCCGGAGGCCGCAGUCGCUCGAGCCCCUUGAACAGGAGGAGGAGGGCCUGGAGAGGCCGGCUGGGCAAGGUGCUGCAGAGGAGGUGGGCUCUGCGACGCGAAAGGGGCUCCUGGCUGCUACGCUGCGGGUGAGGGCGCACUGGCUCCUGCUGGCGGUCGGCAAGUGUCUGGUCAUCCUGCUGCUGGCUCUGGCAGGGAUCGCUCUGCCAUCCGCCUUCUCCGGCGUCUAUUACCUGCUCUUCGUGGGCAUCUGCACCUGGUGGGCCUGCCACUUCCCCAUCAGCCACCUGGGCUUCAACACGCUGUGCGUCAUGGUGGGCGUCUUCGCCGCUGGCCACCUGCUCUGCAUCUACAGCUACCAGGCGCCGUUCAUCCAGGGGCUCUUCCCCCCCGCCACCAUCUGGGCACGCGUAUUCGGCCUGAAGGCCUUCAUCCUGCCACUGAACUGCACUAACCCCAAUGCCCUCCUCCUCGACACCAGCCACCCCUGGCCGGUCUACGUGAACCCCGGCGUCCUGCUGCUCUUGUAUUUCACCGUGGCCUCUCUGCUGAAGCUGAGGAAGUUGGACUCCUCUGAACGGCAGGACGAGGCGGAGGCGUCAGCGGUGGCGUCGGAGCCCCAGGAUGAGCUGGUGGAGCUGGAGAGCUGGCCCAGGGAGGCAGAUCGCCUGGCUGAAGACACUGAGCGGAUGCUGUCCCCGGACACCGAGGCCUCAGCUGCCGACACUGAAAACUGCACCGUGCACGUGAUCGGGCCAGUGAGUAAGAAGCCGGAGCGGCGCAGGCAAAGGCUGCCCCUGCACGCGCUGGGGCACGUGAUCAUGAACCAGAGCUACGUGUGUGCCCUCAUCGCCAUGAUGGUGUGGAGCAUCACCUACCACAGCUGGCUGACCUUCGUGCUGCUGCUCUGGGCCUGCCUCAUCUGGAUCGUCCGCAGCCGGCACCACUUCGCCAUGCUCUGCUCCCCCUUCCUCCUGCUCUACGGGCUGGCGCUCUGCAGCCUGCAGUACGUCUGGGGCAUGGACCUGGAGCCCGAGCUGCCCACCCGCGUCGGCUUCAUGAGCCUGGAGCAGCUGGGGCUGGUCAGAACCAAAUACCCCUGCUUGGACCUGGGGGCCAAGCUGCUCUACACCCUGACCUUCUGGCUGCUGCUGCGGCAGUUCGUGCAGGAGAAGCUGCUGAAGAGCCGGCGCCCGCCCGCCCCUCUGCUGGAGGUGACCGUCUCCGAGGCGGAGCCCGGCCGGCCGCGGAGCGUGCUGAAGUUCCUGGGCGAGCUGCUGACGGAUCUCUACGCCAAGUACUGGAUCUACGUGUGCGCCGGGAUGUUCAUCGUGGUCAGCUUCGCCGGGCGCCUGGUGGUCUAUAAGAUCGUCUACAUGCUCCUCUUCCUCCUCUGCCUCAUCGUCUUCCAGGUCUACUACAGCCUGUGGAGGAAGCUGCUGAAGGGCUUCUGGUGGCUGGUGGUUGCCUACACGAUGCUGGUGCUUAUCGCCGUCUACACCUUCCAGUUCGAGGACUUCCCCAUGUACUGGCGCAACCUGACCGGCCUCACCGACCAGCAGCUGGGCGACCUGGGCCUGGAGCAGUUCAGCGUCUCCGAGCUCUUCUCCAGCAUCCUCAUCCCAGGCUUCUUCCUGCUAGCCUGCAUCCUGCAGCUGCACUACUUCCACCGCCCCUUCAUGCGCAUCACCGACCUGGAGCACGUGGCCCCGCCGGAGCCCCGGAGCCUGCCCGCCCCCAGGUGCGAGGAGGCGCGGGGGAGCCACCUGCUGCCCCAUGCGGAGGAGGAGGCUGAACCUGGGGACUCCGACUCGGCUUCGGAAGCGGUGCCCAGUAAGUGGGGCCUGGUGCUGGAGCGCCUGGUGGUGCUGGGCUGGACCUUCUCCGACAUCCUCACCCGCGGGCAGGUCUUUGUGCGGCGCCUGCUGGAGCUGCACGUCCUCAAGCUGGUGGCGCUCUACACCGUGUGGGUGGCGCUGCAGGAGGUGUCGGUCAUGAACUUCCUGCUGGUGGCGCUGUGGGCCUUUGCCCUGCCCUACUGCCGCUUCCGCCACAUGGCCUCCUGCCUCUGCACCAUCUGGGUCUGCAUCAUCAUCGUCUGCAAGAUGCUCUACCAGCUGAAGGCCGUCGACCCGCGCGAGUACUCCAGCAACUGCACCCAGCCUCAGCUGAAUGACACCAACCUGCUGGGGGCAGAGGUGAAGAACUCCACGCUCUACCGGGGCCCCGUGGACCCUGCCAACUGGUUCGGCAUCCGCAAGGGCUUCCCCAACCUGGGCUACAUCCAGAACCACCUGCUGGUGCUGAUGCUGCUGGUCUUCGAGGCCAUUGUGUACCGGCGCCAGGAGUAUUACCGCAGGCAGUACCAGCUGGCACUGCCCGCCACCCAGACGCUCUUCGAGGAGGCGUCGCGUGAGCACCUGGACCGGGGCCUUGUCAGCUGCGCCAAGUACUUCAUCAACUACUUCUACUACAAGUUUGGCCUGGAGGUCUGCUUCCUCAUGACGGUGAACGUGAUCGGGCAGCGCAUGAACUUCAUGGUGAUCCUGCACGGCUGCUGGCUGGUCGUCAUCCUGACCCGCCGCCGCCGCGCCGCCAUCGCCAGGCUCUGGCCCAAGUACUGCCUCUUCCUGGCCCUCUUCCUGCUCUACCAGUACCUGCUGUGCGUGGGCAUCCCCCCCGCCCUCUGCAUCGACUAUCCCUGGAGGUGGAGCCGCUCCAUCCCCAUGAACUCGGCUCUCAUCAAAUGGAUGUACCUGCCUGACUUCUACAUGGCGCCCAACUCCACCAACCUCAUCAGUGACUUCCUGCUGCUGCUCUGUGCCUCCCAGCAGUGGCAGGUCUUUGCAGCCGAGCGGACGGAGGAGUGGCUGAGGGUGGCUGGGGAGAACACGGACCAGCCGGAGCUGGCCAGGGGCAGACCCAACCCGGUGCCCAACUUCAUCAACUGCAGGUCGUACCUGGACAUGCUGAAGGUGGUGGUGUUCCGUUACCUCUUCUGGUUCGUCCUGGUCGUGGUCUUCAUCACCGGUGCCACCCGCAUCAGCAUCUUCGGCCUGGGCUACCUGCUGGCCUGCUUCUACCUGCUGCUCUCCGGCACGGCCAUGCUGCGCAAGCCGGCCAAGGCCCGGCUGGUGCUCUGGGACUGCCUCAUCCUCUACAACGUCACCGUCAUCAUCUCCAAGAACAUGCUGUCGCUCCUCUCCUGCGUCUUCGUGCAGCAGAUGCAGAGCAACUUCUGCUGGGUGAUCCAGCUCUUCAGCCUGGUCUGUACUGUCAAGGGCUACUAUGAUCCCAAGGAGAUGGGCAAGGACCAGGACUGCUCGCUGCCCGUGGAGGAGGCUGGCAUCAUCUGGGACAGCAUCUGCUUCUUCUUCCUCCUCCUCCAGCGCAGAGUCUUCCUCAGUUACUAUUUCCUGCACGUCAUGGCGGAGCUCCAGGCCUCAGCCUUGCAGGCCUCCAGAGGAUUCGCGCUGUACAAGGCCAGAACCCUGAAAAGCAUGAGUUCCCACCGGCACGCCGAGGAGAAGUCGCUGGCCCAGCUCAAGCGGCAGAUGGAGAGGAUCCGGGCGAAGCAGGAGAAGUACCACCUGGGGCAACGCCGCAGUGACUCCGCCGAGGCCCCGGACGAGGACCAGCCAGAGCCAAGUGGCGAGAAGGACCCUUCCCGGCAGAGGAAGAAUUGGUGGCGGCCCUGGUUAGACCAUGCCGCAGUGCUGCACUCGGGUGAGUAUUUCCUCUUCGAGUCGGACAGCGAGGAGGAGGAGGAGGCCAGCUUGGAGGAGCAGAAGCCAGCCCAGCAGAGUGCAUUCCAGCUGGCGUAUCAGGCCUGGGUGACCAAUACCAAGUCUGCACUGAAGGAGCGGCAGCGGCAGCGGGAGGACGCUGAGUCGCCGGCAGGGGAUGGCAGAGACGGAGACGUCUGUGAGGCUGAGGCACCUGACGAGCCCGAGGACCAAGAGGAGGACAACACAGAGAGAAGCAACAUGGUGCAGCGGGCGCUGAACAUGGUGCGUUUCCUGUGGGUGCUGUGCCAGGCCACGGUGGACGGGCUCACCCAGUGGCUCCACGCCUUCACCAAGGAGCACAGGGACAUGUCCACUGUCCUGUGGGUGGAGAGAUACGUCCUCACCCAGAAGCUGUGCCAGGGAGACGAGGUGCACAGCGGGGUCCUGGACGACCUGUACCAGCCGGCGCCGGGCGACGAAACGGGCCUGCAGGCGGCCGCCACCGUGGACUCUCACAACAGCAUGGCUUCAAGUGGGUGCGACGGAGGAGACCUUCUCAGCAGUGGGGCUGAGGGCACCGACGACACCACCUCCCCCCUGACCACCGGCUACCACAGUGAGGAGCAGAUAAUGGCCCUGGUCUCCCAGGAGGAUGUGGAGAGGAUCCAGGGGUCUCAGGAGCUCCUGGUGUAUCCCAAGAACCGGACCCGAACGGCCAGCGAGCUGCUCUCCAACAGGCAAAAGUACUUCCAGGAGCUGGAGGAGUCGGAGCAGUUCUACCGGUCCCAGAACCGCUUCCUCAGGCUGCUGCUGGCCCUGUACCACUUCGUGGCUGCCCACUCCGAGCUGCUCUGCUACUUCAUCAUCAUCCUCAACAACAUGGUGUCCGCGUCCGUCAUCUCCCUCUUCCUGCCCAUCCUGGUCUUCCUGUGGGCCAUGCUCUCCAUCCCGCGGCCCAGCAAGCGCUUCUGGAUGACGGCUAUUGUCUUCACCGAGGUGAUGGUGGUGGUGAAAUACCUCUUCCAGUUCGGGUUCUUCCCCUGGAACAGCUACUCCUCACUGGUGCGGAACGAUGCCAAGCCCUUCUUCCCGCCGCGCAUCCUGGGCUUGGAGAAGAGCGACCGCUACCUCAAGUUUGAUCUCGUCCAGCUCAUGGCUCUGUUUUUCCACCGCUCCCUCCUGCUGUGUUACGGCCUGUGGGAUCACAAGGAGGAUGCUUUCGCCAAGUGGAAGCGCGAGGCCGAGCGGGCGGAGGAGGAGAAGCGCGAGGCCGAGCGGGCGGAGGAGGAGAAGCGCGAGGCCGAGCGGGCGGAGGAGGAGAAGCGCGAGGCCGAGCGGGCGGAGCCGCCACCCGUGCUGGACAGGGGGGACGGUGCAGAGCCCCCAGCAGCGAAUGGGGCAGAGGCAGAGGUGGUGGCAGCAGGGCUGGAGCUGGCGCUGGAGCCCCAGCUCCAGGAGAAGGGGGCCGGGGAGGGGGAGAAGGGGAGCCACCUGCGCUUCCGGAAGAAGAAGGAGAAGAGGAGGUGGACCAAGAAGUGGAAGGCGGCAGCAAGAGUGGCAGAGGAGGAAGAGGAGGAGAAGGAGAAGGAAGAGAAGCAGCACAGCCCAGCCCGGGAGAAGCUGAAGGCUGCUGGGCUAAGAGUCAAGCUCUGCCUCCUGGCUGUGGCACAGAACAUCUACCAGCCACUGCGGGGCUUCUUCUGCGCCAUCCUGCACACCAAGUAUCAGGCUGCUACUGACGUCUACGCCCUCAUGUUCCUGGCAGACGUGGUCGACUUCAUCAUCAUCAUCUUCGGCUUCUGGGCCUUUGGGAAACACUCGGCCGCUGCCGACAUCACCUCCUCGCUGUCGGACGACCAGGUGCCAGAGGCCUUCCUAGUCAUGCUGCUCAUCCAGUUCUCCACCAUGGUCGUCGACCGAGCCCUCUACCUCCGCAAGACCGUGCUGGGCAAGCUCAUCUUCCAGGUCAUCCUGGUCUUCGGCAUCCACCUCUGGAUGUUCUUCAUCCUGCCAGCGGUCACCGAAAGGAUGUUCAGCCUGAACACAGUAGCCCAGCUGUGGUACUUCGUGAAGUGCAUCUAUUUCGCUCUGUCGGCCUAUCAGAUCCGCUGCGGCUACCCAACUCGCAUCCUGGGCAACUUCCUGACCAAGAAAUACAACCACCUCAACCUCUUCCUCUUCCAAGGGUUUCGCCUGGUGCCCUUCCUAGUGGAGCUGCGGGCCGUGAUGGACUGGGUCUGGACCGACACCACCCUGUCCCUCUCCAACUGGAUGUGCGUGGAGGACAUUUACGCCAACAUCUUCAUCAUCAAGUGCAGCCGGGAGACUGAGAAGAAAUACCCCCAGCCCAAGGGCCAGAAGAAGAAGAAGAUUGUCAAGUACGGCAUGGGCGGCCUUAUCAUCCUCUUCCUCAUCUGCAUCAUCUGGUUCCCACUGCUCUUCAUGUCGCUGGUGCGCUCCGUGGUGGGGGUGGUCAACCACCCCAUCGACGUCACUGUCACCCUCCAGCUGGGGGGCUACGAGCCACUCUUCACCAUGAGCGCCCAGCAGCAGUCCAUCCAGCCCUUCACGCCCCAGGACUACGAGGCGCUCACCAACCAGUUUGAAAGGCAGCCGGUGGCCAUGCAGUUCAUCACGCUGUACGGCUACGAGGACAUCGUCACAGCGCGCAUCGAGGGCAGCUCGGGCUCGCUCUGGAGCAUCAGCCCCCCCAGCCGCGAGCAGAUGCGGCGGGAGCUGCUGAACGGCUCGUCGGACAUCACGCUGCGGCUCACCUGGACCUUCCAGAGGGACCUGGGCAAGGGUGGCACCGUGGAGCACACCUUCGACAAGCACACCACCGACCUGCAGCCGGGCACCCCCGUCCGCACCGAGCUCGCCAACCUGCUGCAGGGAACCAGGGACGCCCCCGUGCAAGUCCCCCAUCUCUUCCCCACGUACAUCCGUGCGCCCAACGGCCCAGAGGCCAACCCCGUCAAGCAGCUGCUGCCAGAGGAGGAGAGGAGCUACCUGGGCGUGGAGGUGCAGCUGAAGCGGGAGCGCGUGGGCACCGGGGGCAGCAACGACAGCUUCCUGGAGUGGUGGGUGGUGCGGCUGAGCGAGUGCCAGCAGCAGGCCUGCAACAUCCUGCCCAUGGUGAUCUUCAACGACAAGGUCAGCCCACCCAGCCUGGGCUUCCUGGCCGGCUACGGGAUCAUGGGCCUCUAUGUGUCCAUCGUGCUGGUGAUCGGCAAGUUCGUGCGGGGCUUUUUCAGCGAGAUCUCGCACUCCAUCAUGUUUGAGGAGCUGCCGUGUGUCGAUCGCAUCCUCAAGCUGUGCCAGGACAUCUUCCUGGUGCGCGAGACGGGCGAGCUGGAGCUGGAGGAGGAGCUCUACGCCAAGCUCAUCUUCCUCUACCGCUCGCCCGAGACCAUGAUCAAGUGGACGCGGGAGAAGGAGUAGCAGGGAACCACCCGGGGCCAUGGCUGCUGCUGCAGGCCCCCUCCAAUCCCUGGAACGUCACAACUGAGGCCUUAAGCCAGCCCAGCUGGAGAGCCCCGGGCCGAGCGCUCCAGGCGAUCCACCAGCCCCUUCCCCUGGCCGCCACGGGGUCCCCCCCCGCCUGGGGGUCUGAGCUGUGCCCAGCGCCACCCGUGGGGGGGAGGGGGCAGCUGGGGCAGGCUGGACUUGUGCUUUUUAAAAGGAAGUUUAACUGCUUUACAACUAGUGAGUCCUUUAAAGGCAGCUGGGUGAAGACCCCCCUCCCCAGGAGUCCUGCUCCCCCCGCCUCAGCGGGGUGGGGACACGCUCCUGCCCCCACCCCACCUCAGUGCCUUCCAGCCCUGCUGCUGCCAGGCUGUUAGCACCCCUGAGAGCAGGGGGGGUGCACGCUGGAGCCCAUUCAGCGGCUGUGCCUGCCUGGGAGGGAGAUGGGCUCCCCCUCCUGCAGCGGGAGGAUCCAAGCCAGCUGGCCGCAGUCGCUCCCAACCCCACUGCAGGCAAAGCCUGGCCCAGCUGCCCCCUUGGCCUGCCCCUGAGUGCGGCUGCACUAACACUCCAAAGCAAUACCUCCCCCCCCCCAGCACAGCGCUGGCCAGCACCCAUGGGUGCAAGCAGAGGGUCCCACUGGCCUGACACCCCCCUGGCGGUGCUGGGCUUGCUGCUCCUCUUGCCCUGCCUGCAGAGGGCGUGGGACAUGCUACUGCAGCCACUGCUCCCUGUGCUAGCAGACAGCCCAGCACAGGGAGCUCCGCUUGCCCCAGGACUGGUUCGGCCCCCAGGCACUCCGGGGGCGGGUGGGGGGAGGGG